AUGGAACAAUCUUCUUUUUCUUUGGAUCCAGAAGCAAAUACUUCCAUUUCUAUUACUCCAACAACUGAUGAAAUAUGGAAUGUAGUUCAGAAAAUGAAUUCUUAUGGUUCACCAGGGCCAGAUGGAUAUCCAGUUGUGUUCUACAAGAAAUGUUGGUCUAUCAUUGGAGAAGAUACUACAAAAUAUGUUCAGCAAAUAUUCACUUCAGGAGCUAUACCAAUGGAUAUGUUGAAGGCGUAUGAUAGAGUUUUUUGGUCCUUAUUGGAUUAUAUGCUUCACCAAAUGGGUAUUCACAAUCAAUCUCAUAAUCUUAUAAUGAAUUGUGUUACUUCAUCAACUUUUUCUAUUCUAUUGAAUGGUGCUCCAUAUGGGAAUUUUGCGAGUGGUAGGGGUUUACGUCAGAGAUUCCCUUUAUCACCCUCUUUAUUCAUCAUCUAUUCUCAGUGGUUAUCACUUCUUAUGGAGAAAUUUGAAAACACAAGUCUUUACAGUGGUUAUGGGUUUAACGCUCAUUCCCCAGUAAUUGGUCAUUUAAUAUAUAUGACUAUUCAGAAACUAGGGGUCAAUGAAAUGCAGAUAGAAGAGAAGUACUUGGGAACAUAUUUGUUGAAGUGGGGAGAAUUGUCUAAAAGUGUGUUAUCUACUAUCCCAAACUACUCGCUGGGUAAUUGCAUUCUUCCUAAAGGUGUUACAAAUAAGUUAUCACCAACUCAAAGGGCAUUUUAUUGGGGACAUGAUGUUCACACAAGAAAACAACAUUUCUUUAUAUGGGAAAAAGCAAUGAAACCUAAAGAGGAUGGAGGUUUAGGUAUUCAGAAUAUGGAACUGCCAAUGCCGGGAGACUCAAACACAUGGAAAGAUAUGUUAGAAGUCAUAGAUAUCCUUUUAAACAAUUGUUAUUGGUUUAUAGGUUCUAGAUAUUCAAUUCAUAUAUGGAACGAUCCUUGGGUUCUUCAUAUUCCUGGUUUUAGACCUACAAAGCUUCAAAGUUCCAAUAUUCAGGUUACUUGGGUGUCAGAUCUUUUUAUCCAAGGUGUAAAAUCUUGGGAUAUUGAUUUCCUGACGGAAAUUUUUCCACAAGAUCAGGUUGAUAUAAUUUCAAGCAUUUACAUACCCCAAGAAGAGGAAGUCCAAGACAAUCUAAUUUGGUUGAAAACUCCAUCGGGAAAGCUUACUGCAAAGUCGAGUUAUAAUUUAUUAUCUGACAAUAUUCCGGUGAACUCUCUAGUGGCAGCUUUUCCGUGGAAACAAUUUUGGAAGAUGAUAAAAAUUCAACCUAAAAUUCAGAACUUUCUGCAGAAGGCUCUGCAUGAGGGUCUAGAAGUGUACACAAAUAUGAAGAUCUCUAAUCAUCAGUUUCAUAAUAUAUGUCAUGCAAAUCCAAUUCUCAUUAAGAUUCAGGGUGUAAAUAUUUUGCAAACAGUUUUUUUUUUGUUGUAA